UCUGUCCGGGUUGAGCGUGAACCCGCCGGGUCAAUAAUCAGUACCUUAUAUCUGAUCAUCUGAUCAGGGAUUGAUCCGCGUGUCAGGUGUAAGCUCCGCUGAUUUUCUCCGUCUUUUGUCCCAUCAGCCUGCCGGUGAAAAUGCUGCGUGUGCGGGCGGCGGGGGGCCGGGCAUGGAGGGGGUUCAAAACGUUCCCUUGUGCAGCGGUGGAGGUGAAAAACGAGCCGAUCCUGGGAUUCAAGGAGGGAAGUCCAGAGAGAAAAGAGCUCGUGAAGGCUUUAGAGAGCGUGAAGGGGAAGACGGAGGAGAUUCCCUGCGUGGUUGGAGAUGAACAUGUGUGGACCAAAGACAUCAGAUAUCAGUUAUCACCGUUCAAUCAUUCGCACAAAGUGGCAAAGUUCUGUUACGCUGACAAGGAGCUGAUCAAUAAAGCGAUCGUGGCAUCUGUGGCGGCGCGGAGGGAGUGGGACCUGAAGCCCGUCCAGGACCGAGCCCAGAUUCUCUUCAAGGCGGCCGACAUCAUCAGUGGACCCAAGAGAGCAGAGAUCCUCGCCAAGACCAUGAUCGGACAGGGUAAGACGGUGGUGCAGGCGGAGAUCGAUGCCGCUGCAGAGCUGAUCGACUUCUUCAGAUUUAACGCCAAACAUGCGGUGGAGCUGGAGAAACAGCAGCCACUAGACGCCGAGGGAAGCACCAACACCAUGCUGUACCGAGGACUGGAGGGUUUCGUAGCAGCUGUAGCGCCUUUUAACUUCACUGCUAUUGGUGGAAACCUGGCAGGUACCCCAGCUUUGAUGGGUAACGUGGUUCUGUGGAAGCCCAGCGACACCGCCAUGUCAGCGAGCUACGCCGUCUACAAAGUCCUGAGGGAGAGCGGCCUGCCGCCAAACAUCGUCCAGUUUCUACCUGCUGACGGGCCGGUGUUCGGAGACGCUGUCACCUCCUCCGAGCACCUCGCAGGCAUCAACUUCACCGGCAGCGUCCCGACCUUUAAGCGUCUCUGGAAACAGGUGGCUCAGAAUCUGGACGUCUACAAGACCUUCCCUCGGCUGGCGGGAGAGUGCGGCGGGAAGAAUUUCCACUUUGUCCACAAGUCUGCGGACGUCGACAGCGUGGCGACGGGAACGAUCCGCUCGGCGUUUGAGUACGGAGGCCAGAAAUGCUCCGCCUGCUCCAGGAUGUACGUACCGGACAGCACGUGGCCGCAGAUACGACAGAGAAUGCUGGACAUCCACAAACACAUCGCCGUGGGAGACCCGGUUGACGACUUCAGCACCUUCUUCUCAGCUGUGAUAGAUGACAAGUCGUUCAGUCGUAUAAAGAAGUGGCUGGAUCACGCCAAGUCCUCCCCCAACCUGAAAGUCAUCGCCGGUGGAAACUGCGACGAUAAGAAGGGAUACUUCGUGGAGCCGACCAUCAUCGAGACCAAAGACCCGCAGGAAGCCAUCAUGAAGGAGGAAAUCUUUGGUCCCGUCCUGACAGUUUAUGUUUAUCCUGAGAACAACUACAAGGAGGUGCUUCAUCUGAUCGACAACACGUCUCCGUACGCGCUGACCGGAGCCGUGUUCGCUCAGGACCAGAACGUUAUCGAUGAAGCGGCUAAAGUGUUGAGAAACGCUGCAGGGAACUAUUAUGUGAACGAUAAAUCCACCGGCUCCAUCGUUGCUCAGCAGCCGUUCGGAGGCGCCAGAGCUUCAGGCACUAAUGACAAACCUGGAGGUCCUCACUACGUGCUGAGAUGGACGUCGCCGCAGGUUGUGAAGCAGACCUACGUCCCGCUCAGAGAGUGGAAGUACCCCUACAUGGGCUGAGAGGGUCCAAUCAGACACCCCCACUGCCCCCCCCCCCAUAACCCUAACACACAUCUGUCCAAUGAAACAAAGAGAGAUCAUCUCCUUGUUUGAAUAAAGAUAGCCCCCCCCCCGCCCCCCCUCCGUCCCUUGCAAACGAGCUUGCACUGAACCAGGACAUGAAUGUAUUUCAGGAAGUCAGCAGAAAGAGCGGAGUGAACGUCUUCCAUCCAAACGGAGCUCGUAGCAGAUCGUCAUCAGUUAUUUCAUUUCAUCUGCAGCGUCGUCACAUCGUCAGUCUGUCUGUUCAAGUAGAAAACGUUUUUAAAAAAAACCCCGAAACAAACCGGAGCUGAAACGUUGAGUCGAGAAUAAUCAUUUCAGUCUCAAAUGUCUCAGACUUCUCUUUUAUAUCAGCGUUAACUGAAUAUUUUGGGGUUUUGGACGACUAGUCGGACAAAAUGAGACAUUUAAAGACCUUCAUCUCUUUCCUGAUGUUUUAUUAAUGAAAUAAUUCGUACAUUAAUCCAGAGAAUACCCGAUAGAGUCAUUGAUAAUGAAAGUAAGAGUCAGUUGGAGCCCCAAAAUCAAAUAAAAGUUAUUUUAGGUCAAUAUUUGUUGUUG